CUUUUAUCGACUACUAAGCUAUGAUGCCUCCAUCGGCGCCAAAAACACUCAAACAAAGCCACCCACCGACCCGACUGUAUAAGAGGGGUUAUAAGGCUUGUGAAGCAUGUCGGAAGAGAAAGACACGUUGCGACUUGGGUGGCGGUGAUCAAUCCCUGUACGCCUUCUCUGGACCUCCAUGUGCGCAAUGCCGUCGUGCAAACCGCGAAUGCGUCUUCCGUGAAGAGCGCAAUACCAGUCUACAUCGAGUAAAAGAUUCACAUCUCACCUCUCCUGCAACAUCAGGCACAUACGCAGCGGCCUGCGAUUUAUCUAGAGAACCAGCCAACCUCCAGCCUGAUAUACCAAUUAGCGAUGGCGAUGAAAAUAGUAGAUCCAAUUCUGAUCUUUACCGCGUAGAUGAUGCCAAUGUCGAGCAAACUCAAUCGGGAGAACCAACGGAACAAGGUCAUCACACGAACAGUACCCGUUCUCCAGUCUCACAAAUGUCACGAUAUAGCCAACUGAUAUCACCCUCAUCCGGUCUCAUGCAAGAAGACUCAACUGUCAAAGGCUUGAGAUGUUCUCAUAUCGAGGAUGGUCUGGUGCAUCCGCCGCUUGAUUCGACUAGGCACCAAAGCCAGGCUUUGCCAACCACGGCCGGUUUGCUGCAAGCAGACCAUCGCUUGACUAAUAUCGUCAUAAACACUCUCAUCUGCAAGGGGAACGAUCCCCUGAACUUAUUGUUCGAGGCCGCCGCAGAAGGGGCACAUAUAUCUCUUGAAAGUCCCAGAUAUCCUUCAUCUGUAGGCCUUGGGAGGAUCUUCAACGCUAAUAUAGAUUCCUCAUCCCCAUGGGCCUCGUACAAAUUUGUCAGGAUGGGCUUGCUCUCUGCAGAACAGGCAGUAUAUUACGUCGAUGCGUUCUUCGAAAACCUAUCUCCAAAAUCUCCUAUUUUAACAAAUUACUUUGCCGAUCACGCAAAUCACAGUCAACUUGUUUCACAAGAGCCUUUUCUCUGUUUGACAAUUUUGAUGAUCUCAUCCAGAUAUCACACUCUCUCUGGAACGGCUUCCAUCUCUAAAGGACACUAUAUCCAUGAUAGACUUUGGCAUCAUACUCAACAACUCUUGCAGCAGAUCUCACUGGGACAAGGAAGAGCCUCUAACCGUCGACUCCGAUCUCUUGGCACGAUCGAAGCGUUGCUACUCUUGACAGAAUGGUAUCCGCAAGCAAUGCAGUUUAUGGACUCGCAUGAUGAGUGGGAUGGUGAACCUUCAAUAACAGAUGAUUCACUGCAUACAAAAUCACCCAAUUGGCUUGAAGGCUUUAUCGAGCCCUGUAGGCAAUUUGAUCGCAUGUCUUGGAUGAUCUUGGGUUCGGCUCAUAUGCUGGCUCACGAAUUGGGUGUUUUCAGAAGCCAGCAAGAAGAGAGAGUAGGAGUUGAAACGGAUGCAGUGGAAGAAGCGCGGCGCACAAAGGUGUGCGACUUGUUAUUCAUCUACAUAACUCUGCUCGCAGCGAGACUUGGAUUUCAUUCGUUACUGCCGCUACCAUUCAGUCAGUCUAUCCUCAGCCGAGCAACGGGACCCUCCACUCAAACGAUAGAAGCCUGGAUCGACCUACUCAGGAUUACCAAAACCGUACAUGCUUCAAUGAUGUCGUCUGCAUCAAAUAUGCGAGAAUUGCUGUUGGCGGGAAACCAUAUCGAGCUGAUAGAACACUUCAAACCUAUUUUGAGUCAAUGGCGACACAAGUACCUAGGCCAAAUUCCUGAUGAGCCUGGUGCUGAGACAACAGAGAGCUCACCACGGGACUUGCUCUUUGUUGAAUACCAUUAUGUCAGAAUGUAUACCAUUUCACCGGCUAUACAUGCUGUGGCAAUGCAGAUUUCGUCUAGGGAGUGCGGCAGCUUAUCGGACUCUCCUACAAAUACACGAAUGCAAACAAUGGUCAUAGAAGAGCAACUUGAAUACCCGUUCAUUGAAGAUGUUAUUCACGACGCAUAUCAAAUCCUUAGACGAGGAAUCCAACUAGCGCAUAACAACAUGUUGAAGUUUCACCCGGCUCGUACAUUCCAUCGUUUUAUCACUGCUUGUGUCUUCUUACUUAAAGCAAGAAUAUUGGGCCUUCGACAAAUUAUAUCGUGUGAAGAGAACACCUCAAUCGACCUAUCUCAAAUCCUCGAACAGGGCGUCCAAGCGCUCAAGAUCUCAGCAGUCGACGAUGCGCACUUAGCUGCAUAUUAUGCUGCUAUUCUUGAACAUCACCUCGCUAAUCUCAAUCUCGAGAUGGAUUUACCUACCGUUAGCUUUACUACAGCAAAUGCAGCUCACAGCAAGACCUAUCACCAGAGCCGCACCAACAGUUCAGAAGACUGGCAUACAGGAUGGAUUGACCCUUUUGACCAAACCGAUUUAUUUACUACUUUUAGUGUUUUUAACCAUUAAUUCCGCCUGUGGUAGGUCGGGGAAAACUAAUAGCCGUCAAUAUUGGAUAGUGUCGACAAUGUGCCUAAUCUUGAAAGUGCUGGGGUUUGCAAUAUGUCGAGUUUCAAUGCGCGGCCAGAAACGCGGGUAAGACUUCAAAUUGGACUAACAAAGACCUUCUAAAUAUCCUUGGUGAUAACCAGAUAAAUCAG